CCUGCCAAAAGAUUGCUGGGAUUGGCUCCAGCACUCCCGCGACCCUUGUGAGGAUAAACGGCUCAGAAAAAGGAUGUAUGGAUGGAUGGCUAGAAGGAUGGAUGUUUGGCGGAAGGUUGCUGCCCGGAACCAACAUCAUUGGGCCAUGUUGCACUUCGGACUGGUUUUGUGAGAGUGCUGCGCUUGACACAGAUGAUUUUUUGGAGAAGCAGAAAGUUUUGAAGUUUCGAGGUGACCUGGCUACGAGGCAGGGCAAAUACCAGACAGCCCUGGAUGCGUACAGCAGUUGCAUGGAGUGGAUCGCUGACAACAACCUGUCAAUCAAGAGAGACGUUUUGGAAGGAAUGGCUCGAUGUUGCACCCGGCUGGGCCAGAGAGAGCGAGCGAUGUGUCUAGUGGAUCUGCUGAGCAAAGAAGCCUCAAACACUUGUCACCUGACCAGCCUGCUGCUGCUCAAGGUCACCGUCUACCAACAUUUUGGACUUAUCGGACCCAGAAUGUCGUCUCUGCAGGAGCUGUGUAGCCUGCUGCCUUUUAACCCCUGGAACUGGUACAACCUGGGGAAGAUGUGUCUGCAGCUACUGGAUCACCCCACGACCUUUCAGGAGAAAGGCAAAGAUGCUGAAGAGCAACGUGAGGAACUCUCUGAAGACCGACUCCGGCUGAAGGCCUGCACUUGUUUCAUCAGGACCAGACUCUUACUCAGAAUCCUACAGCAGCAGCAGUCGUCGUUUGUGCUGCAACGCAACCAAAAUGUCAUCCGAACAGCAGAUGAAGCAAUCGCGCAUCUUAAUCUCAACCAAACGACUCUGCUCACCCUCACCGAGGUCAUGUCAGAGGACCUGAACCCUGAGAAGAUGAGGGAGGACUACCAGGAUGGCAAGAGUCUGUCUAGUGUUUGUGUGCAGAGCUUCGAGGAGCGCUGGUGGAAUAAGAUUCUCCUGAGUGGGGUUCCGGAGGCUGAUGGAAGUCACGGGCCGAGCGACACCAAGUUGUGAUACUUUUCGUGUUGUCCACCUCAAAGUGUGGUGAACAAAAAAAAAAAGAAGAACUGGAGAAGUGUGCUAGACUUUUUCACAGUCAGUACAAAAGGAAGGAAGCUGCAUGUUUUUGCACUGCAAUUUAAUAAGCUGCCCAAAUGUCAUGUGUGCCUUCGUAUGAAGUGUGUCACUGGAUGAAAUCAUUCUGUGAGAACUGAGAUUUUUAAGCAUGU